CAUUAUGGAGGAAUUCUACAAGAUUGCCGGUAACAUCAAUUACGCUUUGAGAAUAAAGAAGAUCUUCGUCAACGCUGCAUGCCGGUCUCUGCAUUUGGAUCCAUUCCUGCUAUUCUACUCUCCAUGACAGAAUGACCACAACUCCUACAGUGACACUCUGUGGAUCCAUCUAUGCACCUUAGAGCUUUAUAUAGUGCAGUAGAGUCUUUACAUAUUUGGACAGUACAUGUUUUUUGUUGUGUUGGCUUUGCUCUGCAGCACUAUUUGCAAUAAAUUCUUUAAAAACACACAUUAAUACACAUCAGAUGAACCAUGACCCAGUUGUAGCCCUUUACAACCUGAUCUGGGAAACAAACAUACACACUUUUGAAAGAUCAAAGACUGAAAUUGCUCUUAUCAACUGUUUAGUUUUCAUGAUCAUUCAACAUUAAUGUACUGUAGUUUUUUAAGGAUUCACUAUUAAUGAUUUUAAAGAACAUCAUUCUAACUAGUUGUUUGCUUUAAUUUCAGUUCAGUGUUCAAGGAUCUUUGGUGCUAUUUUUAUAUUUGUUAUCAAAGACACCUGUUUCAUUCUCAUACAGCAGUUCAGUGACCUGUUUUACGUGUAUAUAAAGACGGGAACUGAGCGAGACGUGUCAGACUGCAUCUUGCUGUCUAAAGAGGUGAUAUUUCACAAUGAGGAGUGCUGCAGCUUUUCUGGUGUUGCUGCUCUGUCUGUACUGGACGAGGGCUCAGGGUGAGAGUGGAGGGGUGACAGAGAAUGAUAUCACUCAGACAGAUGUUCAGUCUGAGAUCCUGGGUGUUAAAGCAACCAGUGAUCAGACUAACAUCACCCCUGAUAUCUGGGCUGAGCUGAAGGAGCUGAGAGACAUGGUGAUCCAACACAGUGUGGAACUGAGGAAGAUGGAGAAGCUGGAGCAAGAGAAUACAGUCAUACAGGCCAGACUGACAGCCAGUGAAAUCAAGAAUGCAGAUUUGGAGGCCAGAUUGAACACUGCUGAAAACGUGGUGGAGGAGCUCAAGAGGGAGAACACUGUGUUGGAGGCCAGAAUGAACAACUGUGAAAAAGUGGUGGAGGAGCUCAAGAGGGAGAACUCCGAUUUGAAGUCCAGAUUGAACACUGCUGAAAACAUGGUGGAGGAGCUCAAGAGGGAGAACACCGUCUUCGAGGCCAGAAUCAGCUCCAAUGAAAAUGAAGUGGAGGAGCUCAAGAGAGAGAAUGCAGAACGACCAAAGGUGGCGUUUUCUGUCGGCCUUACUGACGCAGGACGUGUUGGACCCUUCAAUACUGACAUCACACUUCAGUUCAGUAAAAUUUUCACCAACAUCGGCCAGGCUUAUAGCCCAACUACAGGUGUCUUUACAGCCCCAGUCAGAGGAGCCUACUACUUCAGAUUCAAAGGGUUUGAAGUAAAGUCUUCAAAUUGGAUAGGUAUUAAACUGUAUCACAAUGACAAGAAGAUUACUGGGUCUUACGAUGCAAAUGAUAACAUUGGUAAUGUCAUGGUGUCUAGUGGAUUUGUUCUUCAACUGGAAAAGGGAGAUAUGAUCUACCUGGUUCUCCCCUCAACCUACGUUGUUUGGGAUAAUGGCAAUAAUCAUAGCACUUUUAGUGGAUUCCUACUUUUUGCUAUGUGAGGUCUGCUGUAAAAACACCCACAAUUGACUGCAUGAAGU